CUCGUAUCAUGGGGGUGAACCUGAGGAGUGGGGCAACCUCCCCAGAAUCCCAGUGCUCUCUGACAGGGUCUGAGGAUUCCUUAGGCAGUCUGGAUGAGAGAGAGAAAAGGCUGCUGAUCAGUGAGAUGAACUACUGGACUAAGGAGAGGAGGAGUAAUGGCAGUGCAGGAUGCCGCCAAAAAUCCACUCGCAGAACCUCAUCACCAUGCUGUUCGCCUAAGAGGUCCCAGACCUCAUUGCAGAGCUUGCCUGCAACUAGAGAGGCUCCCCUCAUGGAGGAGCCUCUGAAGGCUCUUUUUGGGGUAACGGAAGAGAGCCUUCUGAUAUCCCUGGUUGAGGGUCACUCCAACCCCACCUCCUCCAGCUCCUCCGAGUUGAGCUGUGCUAUCGUGGGGGAGGUGGUACACCAGCUUAACUCUGGCCUCUCAGUGGCCAUUCAGGCCAGCCCGGGGAGUUGCCCCCCUAUGGACAGUCAGGACAUAGCAGCAGGCAAGGAGGUCAUUCGGGUAGCCUCGGUUCAGAUCCUGGCCGAGCUACAGAGCCAAACAUCUGAGCCAGAGUGGGUAGGGUUUAUCGAGCCCCUCAUGGACCCUGUGACCGAUGAUGUGCUGGAGGCCAUUGUCGGCACAAUGGACAAAAUGGCACAGGACUUCAACAUCCUAUUGGAUCUGGCCAAGAAGAUGACAAUCUUGGGGUCUAAAUUUCUGACCAAUCUUCAAUGUGAUCUAGAUGUUGAGUGUCCAUCUUGA